ACAGAAUUAUUAAGCACUUACUAUUAAGCAAAAAAAUAUGACGACAUUGAUUUAUUAGCUUUAGAAAUAUAAUCUUUAAAUAACUAAUAUUAAUAAAAAAAAAUAGAAACUUAAGAAUGGUAAAUUUAAUUAAAUAAUUUAAAACUAGAGAUACCAACAAUUUAAACAGUAUAAAAUUAAUAACUAAAAAAUUAUGAGACUUAAAUUUUACUUUUAAUGUCUGAUAUAGAUAAUAAAUAAUACGAAGUAAAUGAAUUGGAAAAAAUUAAUAAAAAUUUAAAAAUUCCUAAUCAUAUUUACAAUUUAUAAUCUAUUUAAAGCUAGUAAACAUAGUAAGAAUUUGAUUUUUCUAAAUUUAAAACCGAUUUUCUUAAUUAUACCAAUGAAGAAUAAGAAAACCAAAAGAACGGAUCUUUUCCUUUUCUUUAAGAAAGUUAAUUAAAACUUAACACAUAAUAUCUUAAUUAAUCAAUCGAUUAAAAGAUCAAAGAAAAAAAUUUGUAACAAAUACAAGAUAUAUAAAUAAAUUAAAAAGAAACUUAAGGCUUACAAAAUAAAUACUAAAAUACAAUAUAAACUACAAACUAGCAUAAAGAAGUUAUUAAUUUAUCAAAUUUAAAAAACAUAAAAAAAAAUAAAAAAAAUAAGUUACAGUAAGAAAUAAUAAAUAAUUAAUAAAAUUAAUUGA